AUGCAUUUCUCCGCAACGGCUUUGACGACGGUGCUCCUGGCCGCCUCGGUCAUGGCCAAUGGCAACAACCAGCAGCAGCAGAACAACAACCAACAGAACAACAACAAUAACAACAAGGCCAUCGCCAAUGCCGCCACCGCCAACAUCAACACCUUGAAGGCUAAUCUCGCCAAGGGUGCCAAGGGCGCCAAGGGCACCAACAGCUUCAACAAUACCGGCGGCGGCGCCACCGCGGUCACCGCCAACGCUGCCACGGCGGGUGGCCUCACCAACAACGCUGCCGCCGCGUCGGCCGCCUUGGCUGGAAACGGCGGCGGCCUCAAGCCUCUGCCGGGUCUGCAGACGGCACUUCCGGCGGGAAGCUCGCUGAAGCCGCUACCUAACCUGGCGGGUGCAACGGGAGCGACGGCGACAGCUGCAGCGGCUGCAGCAGCCGCAACAGCCGCAACCGGUGUGGCCAACGCCAACACGGCGGCCCUCAAGCCUCUUGGUGGCACGGCGGCGGUCGCUUCGGGUCCGCUGAAGCCGCUGGGCAGCGCGUCCGUCUCGGCGGCUCUCCAGUCGGUGCAGACGGCCGCGGCGGCGACUGCUGCUGCUGGUUCGACUGGUGCUGGCGUCAAAAUCAUUAGCGGUGCCAGCGCCAACGCCAACGCCAACGCGGCCACGGCUGCCGCCGUCGCCGGAACCGGUGUGGCCCCUCCUGCUAUCGGCACUGCUGCCGGUGGUGCGCUGACGCCUCUCGGAUCGACUGCCGCUGUUGCUGCCUCUGCGACCCCGGCUGCGGUUGUGGGCUCGUCUACUGGCUCGUCUGCCGGCUCGGCAGCUGGUGCUGCUGCUGCCGGAGCUGCUGCCGGAGCCGCUGUCGGUGCUGCUGGUGCCGCUGGUGCCGGAGCCGUGGCGGCCGCUGACACCGAAACGCUCAAGCCCCUGCCCGGUACGAUUGUCACCAGCGAUGCGACGCUCGACCCUCUGCCGACCGAGACGACGACGGAGAACAACGCGGGCGGUGCGACUCAGCAGAUGACGGGUGCGGCCGAGACGACGACAUCCUCCUCGACUGGCGUCGCUGGCGAGACCGGCGCGGCCGGCAGCGGUGUGUCGACCAUGGUGAUGACGACCAACGGACAGACCAUCACGAUGACAAUGACGGGCUCGAUGACCAUGGCGACGGCCAAGACAACGGCAACGGCGACGGGCCAGGGCAGCAGCACCAGCAGCGGCACCGUGUCUACGAGUGGUGCGGCACCGGCCGCGGCGCUGAUGAUGGCUGGCUCGGCCGGGUCGGUGGUUGUGGCACUGGGUGCGGCCGUUGUAGGCCUGGCGGUGAUGCUGAUGUAA